AUGUCGUUCGCACUCGAAGAGACUCUGGAGUCGGACUGGGUGGCAGUGCGGCCCCAUGUGUUCGACGAGCGGGAGAAGCACAAGUUUGUCUUCAUCGUGGCCUGGAACGAGAUAGAGGGCAAGUUUGCCAUAACUUGCCACAACCGGACGGCCCAGAGGCAGAGGAGCGGCUCCCGAGAGCAGGCGGGGGCGCGAGGGGGUUCCGAGGCUGGGGGUUCCACAUCUGAUGGGCCCCGCGGACCGGGCAGCCCGGCGGCUAAGGGCCGGCCCGAGGUCACCGCGUCUGCGACUCUUGGCUGGAGCCCUGGGCCCCGGAGGGUCUCUGCCUGGACUGAGGGCGGCUCUCCGAGGAGCGCCCGCAGCCUUCGGGGGGACCCUAUAAUACGGAAUCCAUCCAGCAAAGGGGCGGAGAGUCCCAUCAGGAGCCCAGUGAGGGCCAAGUCCAGCCCGGUCCCUAGAGGAGCUGAAGCCAGAGAUGUGGCAGGGACUGCCACUGCGGCAGCCCGUCUGGCGCCUGGGGAGGCCCCGGUGUCCUCGGUGCGGGUGGUGAGCGCCUCCGGGGUGGUGUCCGAAGAAAUCGAGGUGCUGGAAAUCGUGAAGGAGGAUGAGGCGGCCUCUGCGCCCCUGAUGCUCUCAGACGCAGAGCAGCAGCCGCCGCCUGCCACCGAGCUGGAGUCCCCGGCCGAGGAGUGCAGCUGGGCUGGGCUCUUCUCCUUCCAGGAUCUGCGCGCCGUACACCAGCAGCUCUGCUCUGUGAACUCGCAGCUGGAGCCAUGCCUGCCCAUGUUCCCCGAGGAACCCUCGGGCAUGUGGACUGUCUUGUUCGGGGGCGCCCCGGAGAUGACCGAGCAGGAGAUCGACACCCUGUGUUACCAGCUCCAGGUCUACCUAGGCCACGGCCUGGAUACCUGCGGCUGGAAAAUCCUCUCCCAGGUACUCUUCACGGAGACCGACGACCCAGAGGAGUACUACGAAAGCCUCAGCGAGCUAAGGCAGAAGGGCUACGAAGAAGUGCUUCAGCGGGCCCGGAAGCGCAUCCAGGAGCUCUUGGAUAAGCACAAGAAUACAGAGAGCAUGGUGGAACUUCUGGAGUUGUAUCAGAUGGAGGAUGAAGCCUACAGCAGCCUUGCAGAAGCCACAACUGAACUCUAUCAGUAUUUACUACAGCCAUUCAGAGACAUGAGAGAACUUGCCAUGCUGCGAAGACAGCAAAUCAAGAUUUCCAUGGAGAAUGAUUAUCUGGGUCCUCGAAGAAUUGAAAGUCUGCAAAAAGAAGAUGCUGAUUGGCAGCGGAAAGCUCACAUGGCUGUGCUUUCUAUUCAAGAUCUUACUGUCAAAUAUUUUGAAAUAACAGCUAAGGCUCAAAAAGCUGUGUACGAUCGAAUGCGAGCAGAUCAGAAGAAAUUUGGUAAAGCUUCAUGGGCAGCAGCUGCUGAACGUAUGGAAAAGCUCCAGUAUGCAGUUUCUAAGGAGACUUUGCAGAUGAUGAGAGCUAAAGAAAUCUGUUUGGAACAGAGGAAACACGCACUAAAAGAAGAGAUGCAGAGUUUGCAGGGUGGUACCGAAGCCAUAGCCCGAUUGGAUCAGUUAGAAGCUGAUUAUUAUGAUCUGCAACUUCAGUUGUAUGAAGUACAAUUUGAAAUCUUGAAGUGUGAAGAGUUACUAUUGACAGCACAACUAGAAACCAUCAAAAGACUUGUAUCAGAAAAGAGAGAUGAAGUGGUGUACUAUGACACUUAUGAAAGCAUGGAGGCCAUGCUGGAAAAGGAAGAGGUGGCAGCAUCUAUGCAUUUACAAAGAGAAGAACUGCAGAAACUUCAGCAAAAAGCACGCCAGCUGGAAGCAAGACGUGGACGUGUUUCAGCGAAGAAAGCCUACCUCAGAAACAAAAAGGAAAUUUGUAUCGCAAAACACAAUGAAAAAUUCCAACAGCGCCUUCGGAGUGAAGAUGAGUAUAGAACCCAUCACACAGUACAACUAAAGAGAGAAAAAUUACAUGAUGAAGAAGAAAGAAAAAGUGCCUGGGUUAGCCAAGAAAGACAGAAAACACUGGAUAGACUUCGAACGUUUAAACAGCGGUACCCUGGGCAAGUCAUACUUAAAUCAACCAGAUUGCGGCUGGCUCACGCAAGAAGAAAAAGCACAGCAAGUCCCGUGCCCUGCGAGGAUCAGUGUGACUCUGUACCAGGAGCACACCAGGUACAAGAGAAAACUGAAGAGGCAAAGGAAGGAAGAAGCAGUCUUGGGUUAUCACAGGCCACAGAACCCCAGAGCCUUGCACAGCUUGAAGAACCUUCAUUAGCACAACUUGAAGCCACUUCAUUACCUCUCUGUGGUGUUACCUCUGAACUGCCUCCCACUGUAUCGCUUCCACUUUUGACUAAUAAUGACCUUGAACCAGGUUCUCUUACCAUAGAUCCACUCCCACCACCUCUUCCUCCCACACCACCUCCCCCACCACCACCUCCUCCCCCUCCCCCCCCACCACCACCUCUGCCUGUUGCUAAGGACAGCACUACGGAGACACUGGAGAAAGGUCUGCCUAGAAUGGAGGGGAACGAGAAGAGGAUCCCAAAAUCUGCAAGUGCUCCCUCAGCACACCUCUUUGACAGCACCCAGCUGGUCAGUGCCAGGAAGAAGCUCAAAAAGACCACAGAAGGUUUGCAGAGGAGGAGAGUGAGCUCACCCAUGGAUGAGGUGCUAGCUUCCUUGAAGCGUGGCAGUUUUCACCUGAAAAAGGUUGAACAGCGAACUCUGCGUCCUUUUCCUGAUGAAGAUGAUAGUAAUAAUAUCUUGGCACAAAUAAGGAAAGGGGUGAAAUUGAAGAAAGUCCAGAAGGAAGUUUUGAGAGAAUCCUUCACACUUCUGCCCGAUACGGACCCUCUAACACGGAGCAUCCAUGAAGCUCUUAGAAGAAUUAAAGAAGCAUCCCCUGAGUCAGAAGAUGAAGAGGAGGUUUUGCCUUGCACAGACUGGGAAAACUAACAAGUGAAAUAAAAAGAAGAAAAAAUACCUACAGUUGAAGAUCAGUCCUUAUUGUUUUGGAGAAUAACAUUUUAAUCACUUGGUUCCCCAAUUGGAUUCCAUUGGAUCAGUGGAAUUGUUUGUAUUGGCCCAGUGAUGUGAAAUGAAGCACAGUUGGCAGGUUAUCACUUUUCCAGUCAUUCCAGUAGAUAGCAGUUAACAUGAAUUUUAGAUGUGCAAUGUUCCUGACUACAAUGAAGAAAAGGCCUUCUGGAGAGUCCUGGUUUUUAAGCACGUUCCCCUUUCCUCCACCCCCACCCUCUAAUUAUAUACUUGUAGUGGCCAGUUAAUCUAGGGAGUUGCUAUGAAUUGGAGGAACACUGGGGUGAGGUCUUCUGUGAGCUGUAUUGGGGCUGCUUUGAGAUCCAUCUGUCAGUGCACUGAAAAGUCAUCUGCUUGAAAAAUACAGAGCUUCUUCCAUAUCAGCUUAUAUAAAUAGUAUGACACUCUGAAAAAGAAGUUUAUCAUGAUAGGUAUAGGAUGGGACUUGAAAGAAAAUCAGAUGGAAAU